UGCAGAUUUGGCGCCACAUUUCCAACAUAGCACUUCAGCGACAUAAGCCCCUCGUCUGACAACAAACCCCAGAUAAACAGUAGUUCAUGUCACUUUAGCGCUGUUCCAUCUCAUUUUACGAAGAUUUUAUCUGAAAGUUUUUAAAAUGUUUAUCACGGACAUAAGGAAGGAGUUUUAUGAAGUUGUUGCCAACCAGAGAGUCGCACUCUUGGUGGCGUCAGAUAUCGACGCUCUCUGUGCCUGUAAGAUACUGCAGGCGCUGUUCCACUGUGACCAGGUCCAGUACACGCUUGUGCCAGUAACAGGCUGGCAGGACCUCGGCACAGCUUUCCUUGAACACAAAGAGCAGUUCCGGUACUUUGUUCUCAUCAACUGUGGGGCAAAUGUGGACCUUCUUGAGAUGCUGCAACCAGAUGAUGACUCCAUCUUUUUCAUCUGUGACACUCACCGGCCUGUAGAUGUUGUCAAUGUUUACAAUGACACCCAGAUAAAGUUGCUAAUUAAACAGGAUGACGACCUUGGUGUUCCCUCAUAUGAUGAUAUCUUCAGGGACGAAGAAGAGGAGGGGGAUGACUCUGGAAAUGAGAGUGAUGAAGGCUCAGAGCCCUCUGGGAAACGAAGGAGAUUUGAUGAAGGAGCAGUUGAGAGGAGAAUUGAACGACAGCGAGCAAAAAGGGAGUGGGAGGCACGAAGGAGGGAAAUCUUGUUUGACUAUGAGCAGUAUGAAUAUCAUGGGACUUCUGUUGCCAUGAUGAUUUUUGAGCUGGCGUGGGUGCUGACUAAAGACACAAAAGACAUGCUUUGGUGGGCAGUUAUUGGACUGACUGACCAGUGGGUUCAUGAUAAAAUCACACAUAUGAAGUAUAUAACAGAUGUUGCCACAAUGCAGAGGCAUGUUUCCCGCCAUAACCACCGCAAUGAGGACGACGAGAACUCCCUCUCCAUUGACUGCAUGAGGAUUUCCUUCGAAUACGACCUCCGUCUAACCCUCUACCAGCACUGGUCCCUGUAUGAGAGCAUCUGUAAUUCCUGUUACACAGCAUGCAGCUUCAAGCUUUGGACGCUUAAUGGGCAAAAGAAACUUCAAGAGUUUCUAGCUGACAUGGGACUACCGCUGAAGCAAGUGAGGCAGAAGUUUAACUCCAUGGACAUGUCAAUCAAAGAGAACCUAAGAGACGUCAUUGAGGAAUCGUCCAAUAAAUACGGUAUGAAGGACAUCCGCAUCCAGACAUUUGGCGUUCACUUUGGUUUUAAGAACCGUUUCCUGGCCAGUGACAUGGUGCACGCUACUGCUUCCUUACUGGAGAGCACAGAGAAAGACGACAGUGAUGGGGACAACUUCAUCAAGGCUCUGGACUCUCUUUCCAGGAGUAACCUCGAGCGUCUACAUUUAGGCAUCGACCUGGCAAAGAAAAAGCUGAUGGCAAUCCAGCAAACUGUAGCCAGCUGCAUCUGUACCAAUCUCAUCCUGUCUCAGGGACCCUUCCUCUACUGCUACCUCAUGGAGGGAACACCUGAUGUGAAGCUGUUUUCUAAGCCCAUGGCCUUGACUCUGCUCUGCAAAUACCUCCUGAAGGCCUUUGUUCAUUCUACGAGGAACAAGCGCUGCAAACUGCUUCCCCUUAUCAUGGCUGCUCCCAGGGAUGUGGAGAAAGGAACUGUGAUUGUUGUGGGAAUCCCACCUGAGUCUGAAACAUCUGACAAGAAGAAUUUCUUCGGCCGAGCUUUUGAGAAAGCCGCAGAGAGCACCAGCUCCAGAACUCUUCAUGACCACUUUGACACUUCAAUUAUUGAGCUUAAGACGGAGGACAGGAGCAAGUUUCUGGAUGCACUCAUCACUCUGCUGUCGUGAGAGCCAACCUGAGCGUCAGUUUAGAGGUUGAGUUCUUGGCUUGUCUGUUAAAUGGUGUAAGUGCGUCUGCUGUCCACACUUUUAUGUCUGAUGUGACCAAAACGGGUCUUGUCUGUCAGACAUGAAUAGUUUCACCAGCACAGGGAUUCAAUCCAUGAUUAGAUUUUUUAAAAAUCAGUUUUGUUUGUAUAUUAUUGUACAGUCUUUGUGGAAGUGUAUUCUUUUAAUGUCUCUUAAGAUCUGUCUUUUAUUCAUGUGUAUGUAUGUGAGUGUUUUAUGGCAUUUUUACAUUUUUAAUGUUCAAUAAAUCAGCAUAGUAAAUUA